UUAAUCUGAGCCAGUAGUUGACCGUGCUGCUCCUCUGCAAGAACCCGUUUCACAAGCUGUCUGAGCAACCUCAUUCUGGUCAUGAAGCUGCUGAUCCGUCAGUACCGUCCCUCAGACAAGGACACAGUGUGCUCCUUGUUCAGCAUCGGCAUCCUGGAGCACAUCGGUCCAUGUUUUCGCAACGCCAUGACCAGCCCUCUCUACCUCGCCAUCACCUUGGCUCUGUGUUUUGCUGGUUACCUGUUCGGCUCUGUGUUAGGGGCUGUGGUGUUACCAGGAGCCUGGAUGGGCCUUGUCUACUACUGCUGUCAUGAGCUAUAUAGCAGCUAUGUCAGGCAGAAACUCAGGACAGACAUGCAGGACAUCCCUGGGAACUAUCUGAGCAGACCAGAUGACAAUUUCUGGGUGGCGGAGGCUGAGGUUGAAGGGAGAGCUCAGAUCAUGGGUAUGGUGGCUGUAAUGGCCAAACAAAGUGGGAAAGAAAGACAUGGGGAACUGUUUAGGAUGAUCAUCUCACCAUCCUGCAGACGAGCAGGCCUUGGUUACAAGUUGGCUCAGACGGUGGUUGACUUCUGUAAGGAACGAGGCUUCUCCAAGGUGGUGCUGGAGACCAGCUCCACUCAGACUGCCGCUGUGGCCCUGUACAAGAAACUGGGGUUCGGUUUUGUCCUCUCACACACCGACACAGAAGCUCCUGCUUGGGUUGUAAAGCUGGCCAAGGUGACGGUUAUAUUAAUGGAAAAACACCUGUAGUUUUUAAAUAAUCCUGAUUAGCAACUGUGAUGUUCCUGUUCUGUUUCUCUGUAUCAGUGCCUUAAGCUUUUGCAUCAAUAAUACUUGACAAAAUAAAAUUCACUAUCUAUAAGCUAUUUCUCAUAAACACACUCACUGUUUAAGGCAUGAAUCAAAAAGAAACCCUACAAAGUCUCAGGUAGAUCAAAGGGAAAGAGCCUUUUCCUUAUACUGUAUGUAAAACUAACGAAUCUGAAUGUUAUAACAUGACACACAGUUGCUCUUAUAACUUUAGUGGACAAAAUUCAACUGUUGAUUAUAGUACUGUCGUUUUUUAAAGAAAAAAAUGUGAUUCCACAUGUAACUUUUUUUUUUUACACAAGAACAUGAAAGAAAUAAAAACACUCAUAAAUUA